AUGGCGGCCAACUUCGCUCAUACCAUAUCGGUGGUGGACAAGUCUGGGAAGGUAGUGAGCACGAGUAAACAUAUCUUUGGCGUCUUCAAGGAGGCCCGCGAUGCCUACCGCGAGCGUAAGGCUGAAAUCCGGGCCGAACGGAACGCAAUCAUUGCGGAAAAGCAGGCACUGAAGGCCCUGGAGGCCUGUCAUAUCGAUGAAGAGCGCUCCAUAGCUGCAUCGAGAAGGAGUGGCAGGAGCAGGAGAUCACACCAUCCUCCGAGAAGUCACCACCACCGAUCGCACUUCGAACAAGAUGCCCCUGGACAAGACCCUCAGGCUCCAUAUGGACAGGCAAUGGAUCUUCAGCGGCGUUACAGCGAUCAAAAUAUUGGAGUGAAGGAAUCAAGACCAGUGGCAGGCCGCUAUAACUCGGAUUCCCACAUCGAUAUGGAUCUCGCGUACGGGGAAGUUCACCCUUCUGCGCUUGCGCUGGCCCCGCGGAGUGGACCAGCGCCCGAAGCAGAGGAAUUAAAUGGCCUAGUCGACAGGGCAAAGAUGCUGCUUGAAGAGGCGGACUGCCUCCAGCGCAGUGCAACAGCCACUAUGGCCCAUCUGCAGAAAAACCCUGAUGCCAUGGCUGCAGUCGCGCUUACUCUGGCUGAAAUCAGCAACAUUGCCGCGAAGAUGGCACCGAGUGUGCUAACCAGUCUCAAGGCCAGUGCGCCUGGAGUGUUCGCACUGCUCGCAAGUCCGCAGUUCUUGAUCGCUGCCGGCGUUGGUAUCGGUGUGACCAUUGUCAUGUUUGGCGGAUAUAAAAUCAUCAAGUGCAUCCAAGGUGCGGGCGUUGGCGCUGGCGCCGACAUCCCCAAGGACCAGCAGGCCGUUGCAGAGCCAAUGGACCAGAUGUUCGAACUCAAUGAGAAGAACCUGAGCCGUGUAGAGGUCUGGCGCCGUGGCGUGGCUGACGUGGAGGCGGAGAGUGUCGGCACCUCCGUUGACGGGGAGUUCAUCACUCCGACGGCGGCAGCCAUGUCUGGCAUCGAUAUUACACUUGCUGGCAUGUCCCGCGACCCCAGGUUCAGAUAUGAAGACGAUAUGUCGAUGGCGUCAUCUCACCGAUCCCGGCGCUCGCAUCGCUCAAAGGCACAUUCGAGUGCCCACUCUUCAUCUUCAGCCCCAUCCCGGGCUCACUCGAAAGCUCCUUCAAAGGCCCCCUCAAAGGCUCCCUCAAAAGCUCCUUCGCGGGCACCUUCGAGGGAGCCCUCGAAGGCACACUCUCAGGUUUCCGCGAAGGAGAAGAAGCCCAAGGAAAAGCCAAAGAGAUCUAGCAGACUGAAGCUGAUGUUUACUGCGUAA